AUGAAGGGGAAAUACAAUGGGGCCGAGAACACAGCUCCACCUCUGUCCCGCUCCCGCCCUCACCCAAUCAUCGAGCUUGGCCAAGCCAGGGGCAAAUUCAAGGAGAUCUGUGAGCGCCCAAAUGGCUCCUGCCAGGAAUUUUGCCUUGAAAAAGAAGUCCACGCCGGGCAAUGUUUAAAUGGCCUAACAUGCUGCCUGCCCAUGGGGAAUGAGCCCUUCAUCGAGCCUACAACACCCAAGGAAAGAUGA